AUGGCAGAACUGUACUCUUAUAAAAGGUAUGAAAAAUCACUUGGAUUACUUACAACGAGGUUCGUGUCUUUACUUAAAAAAGCAAAGGAUGGAGUUUUAGAUUUAAAAAUCGCAACUGAUUUAUUGGCAGUGAGACAAAAACGGCGAAUUUAUGAUAUAACAAACGUUUUAGAGGGAAUCGGUUUGAUAGAAAAGCGAAGUAAGAAUAGUAUACAGUGGAAGGGUGCCAGUCCAGAUGGAAAUACAUCAGAAAUUGGUAAAAAAGUAACACUUCUAAGGAAACAAAUAGGUCUCUUGGAAGAACAUGAAGAGUUAUUAGACAAGCAAAUGCAUUGGAUUGAACAAAGUAUAAAGAAUGUCAUAGAUGAUGCGGAUAAUGAAGCUUUGUCCUAUGUUACUCAAAGUGAUGUAAAAAACUGUUUCAAUGAUAGUCAAGUGCUCGUUUUGGAAGCACCACUUGGGGCUAAUUUAGCCGUUGGGCAAUUGAAUGAGGGUGAAGACGAAGAUCAGUAUUUUCUACAUUUAAAAUCAAAUGAGCCUGUUGGUGUUAUACUUUUGUGUGAUGUUGAAAAGGAUAAGAUUGUAGAUGAUGAUACUAUGGAUGAGGAAGUAGAAUGGUAUGGAGCCAGUGGGACUACAAAUUCACAAGAAUACCUUUUAAGGCUAAGCCCGCCAGUAACAAAGCAGGAUUUCUCAUUUUCUUUAUAUGGCACUGAAGGACUAUGUGACUUAUUUGAUAUUCCAUAUCCUAAUCAAUAG